AUGUCGUCCUCACCACAAGUCGAGAAGAAGCGCAAGCGCGACAUCAAGUCAGAAGACGAACUCGAGAUCGACGUCAAUUUGCCCGAACCGCCGUCGAAGAAAGCCAAGCGCAAGGAGAAGAAAUCAAAGACCAAGAAGCCUGCCGAAGAGCCCGCACUCAACCCUGCGAGAGCAGCCCAGAUUCAGGAUGAAGAGGGCGACAACAAGCCCAAGUCCAAGUCUGCCGAACCUGCGAAGCGCAGCGAUUACGGCAUCUGGAUCGGCAAUUUGCCCUUCACCGCGACCAAGGAAAGCCUUCGCGACUUUCUGCUGAGAGAGGGUGGCAUUUCUGCCGAGGAUGUGACGAGAGUGCACAUGCCUACCAAUGACCAGAAGCAGAACAAGGGCUUCGCGUACGUCGACUUCACCACGCCGGCCGUCUUGCAGAUCGCCUUGGGCCUUAGUGAGAGACUGAGCGGAGGCAGAAAAGUCCUCAUCAAGAAUGCGAACAACUUCGAAGGGAGACCCGAGAAGCCAAAGGUCGAGAAAGGUGUGGCGGCAGAUGGCAGCAUCAAUGGCAAGGAACCUAGCAAGAGAGUAUUUGUGGGCAAUUUGAGCUUCGACAUCACCAAAGACGAACUAUCAGAGCACUUUGCGCAGGCUGGAACGGUAGAGGAUGUAUUCCUAGCUACAUUCGAAGACUCGGGCAAGUGCAAGGGUUUCGGAUGGGUCACAUUCGCGGACAUCGAAAGUGCGACGAAUGCCGUGAAGGGCUUUGUGUGGAAAGAGUCGGAUGUCAAAGAGUCGGAUGUCGAGGACGAUGAGAGUGACGAUGAUGAGGAAGGGAAGAAGAAGCCAAAGAGGAAGAACCACAAGCCCAGGAAGUGGUUUAUCAACCGCUACAACGGCAGGACGAUGCGGUGCGAGUUCGCAGAGGAUGCACAAACCAGAUACCAAAAGCGCUACGGCAAGGGUGGGCCAAAGGAACAGCGAUCUGCAGCACCAAACGGCGAAGGCGAUGCUGUCGCUGGUGGCGAGGAGAGUAUUGAGAGCCUCGCGCGGGAAGCAGCGUCUGCACGGGAGAACGCCCCGCGGAAGCAGAAGAACGACAAGUACAAGAAGAUGGGCAAGGAUGAACGACAAGAGGUCAGGAGGAAGAAGUUCGAUGCGAGGACGAAGGCUCCCGGCAAAGCUCUCGCUCAAGCUCCGCGGGCGUCGGCCGCGAUCGUUGCGGGUGCUGGCAGCAAGAUGACCUUUGACGAAUAG